UUUGUCCAGAGGCACUAAACUCAUGUCAAACCACAACACUUGUGCGCAUUCAGACGUGCAAAUUUAGCCUUUUUAUUGAGCCAACACUUCAAAUUUUCUUUAGUUUUCUACCAUAAACAAACAAUAUCAUAGCUGGCUAAUCUCAUAAUCUGCUACGCUUUAACAUGUUGAAAUAUCUUGAGGGAAGUUGGAGGUGCAGCACACACCAGUUGCGCAGCAGUAGCUGUUGCAGCAGAAAACUAAGGCUGUGUUUUAAAACAUAGUGAGAUUUCUUUCCAGACAGCAGGUUUUCGCGCACAAACAUAAAAAAAGGGCUGGUUUUGUUCAUGUUGUCCAAAAAUUCUGCACCGUCUUUUGAGAUAGUUCACUAGGUUUUGACACACAGCCUGUGUAAUUUACAGAAGUGUACUCCGAAAUGGUGUGUGGUUGACCAUGACAGGCCCGAUGACUCUGAUGGUUUCCGUGCGAGUUUGAGCUGGUGUUAAUGCUGCUUCACACAGCGCGUCUUCCUCACACACACACACGAGCACAGCGAACUGCAGCACUCAGGAUAACCUCAAUAUAAAGGACUUCCACAAAUGAGGCAGACGUGCCUGUAAUGCUCUGAAAGGCGAAGAAACCCGUCGCCACCUAAUUUCGCGUCAACCUCAUUCAUCGUUAGCUGUUUAUCACUUUUAAUUUAAUCGGCUAUGCUAUGGAUCCGCCUGAAAACUCGGCGAACCGCGUUGGUCGCACUAUCUGGACCGUUUGGGGUUAUCUGUCUGGGGCUGUUACCAGAUAUCUCAGACCGGAAGUCACAGAUGAAGGAAACCAAAGUGUUCAUGCCAGAACAGAUGAAAUUGACUUGAAAAGUGCAGUAAACAAGAUAGACCGAGAAGGAAAGACAAAUAAAAGCGACAAUGAAAAUGACAGAGCAGAGGUCAAGUGUUCCCCUUCUAAAGUCAGAGUGGCUGCUUCUGUACAGUGGGAAAACACUGGUGUGGUUAAGAUCGACAAUAAUGAUAAACUCAAUGUUCAUACCACAAAAAAACAAACUUACCAUUGUGCAGCAUGGUCCACUGGGACAGAUACAGACAGCAAAGGACGCACAGCUGAGAAAGUUUCAUCUGAUGAGGUUCCAGCCGAAGAAGAACAUGCAAACUGUGAGACUGAGGAGAGAGAAACCGCACAAGAGCUGGAGGUCACUGGAAAAACUGAACAAAAUGAUGGUGACAAUAAAGAAGCAUGUGAUGAGAAUCGUGAGGUUGAGAAGUGUGCAGAGAAGAGAGAAGAUGCAGAUAACACAGACAUAAUGAUCCAGUCUGUGCAAGAUGUAGAACAGGACAAACAGAUCAGCAUGAUGGAUCAUAGACAGACAGAAGACACUGGAGGUUUAAAACAUCCUACUGAUGAAACCGAGAAACAAAUCAUUGUCCAGAAGAAUCAGGGGAAAACUGAGAGUGAUGAAGAUGAGGGGACUGAAUCACAAGUGCAGGAUUUACUGGAAUAUCUGACAGAUGAAGCAAGCCGCAUUUCAAAGCCUGAGAGACUGAAACAAAUAGACAAAUAUUUUGAUGAAAUUGCUGAUGUCUCUAAAAACCAGAUUGAGGAGAUGAUUCUUGGAACUGGAAGAGCAACUGAGCCGGAGGAGGAGAGUCAAACUGCACAAGAGUUGGAAGAAAUCGAGAGCUUUGAACAAAAAGAUGGAGACAGUGAAGAACGUGAUCAGGAUCGUGAAGUCGAAAAGUGUGAUAUGAUGAGAGAAGAUCAAGGUAACACAGACGUAAUGAUCCAGUCUGUGCAAGAUGUAGAACAGGACAAACAGAUCAGCAUGAUGGAUCAUGGACAGACAGAAGACACUGGAGGUUUAAAACAUCCUACUGAUGAAACCGAGAAACAAAUCAUUGUCCAGAAGAAUCAGAGGAAAACUGAGAGUGAUGAAGAUCAGGGGACUGAAUCACAAGUGCAGGAUUUACUGGAAUAUCUGACAGAUGAAGCAAGCCGCAUUUCAAAGCCUGAGAGACUGAAACAAAUAGACAAAUAUUUUGAUGAAAUUGCUGAUGUCUCUAAAAACCAGAUUGAGGAGAUGAUUCUUGGAACUGGAAGAGCAACCUGAGCC